UUAGUAUAAAAGUCAGCUAAACAGGCUAACAGCUCGCAAUCAAAGCUGCACCGUUGUACGCACCACAGCGCAAUCUCCGCCCAAAGCCACCGAUCAGCCAAAUAAGAACACUCGUCAAGAUGAAAGCUUCGCUGGCCAUUGUGUUGUGCGUGCUCGCCGGCUUGGCGGCCGCCGCUCCGGACCAGUACACCGCCAAAUUCGACAAUGUGGAUGUGGAUGAGGUGCUGGGCAAUAACCGCGUGCUAAACAAUUACCUUAAGUGCCUGAUGGAGAAGGGCCCAUGCACGCCCGAUGGCCGCGAGCUGAAGCGCCUGCUGCCCGACGCCCUGCAAUCCGACUGCUCCAAGUGCACCGCCGCCCAGCGGCGCAACUCCGAGAAGGUGAUCAACUUCCUGCGCGUCAACAAGCCCGGCGAGUGGAAGCUGCUGCUCGACAAGUACGACGCGAAGGGCAUCUACAGGUCCAAGUACGAGGCGGCGGCGAAGAAGCACCACUAAGCGGGAGUCCGCUCUCCGCGGUCAACAACUCAUUUCACAUGAAUUUAAUUUAAAAUCAGAAGCUCCACAAUUAAAAAUUUAAUUUUUGUAUACCUUAAA